CCGCGGGACAGGGUUUUGGCAGGAGCAAGAAAAGAGAGCGGUGGCAUCACGGCGAAUGUCGUCUGCGAUCAUCGUUUAUUUUUAAAACCCGGAACACACCACAGUUUCUAUAAAAUAUGAAGUUCCUCGAAGUCUUCAUAUUUCUGCUUAUAGUUACUACAGUUACGUCUAAAAAGGCUCACAGAAAAAAGGAAAAGAAACACCUUUUGAAAGAAACCCCGGCCGAGAAAGAUAUCUUGGAUUUCUUGCAAGACGACGAAAAGGAUGAAGAAGAACAUACGAAGAAGAAGCACACUUUAGAGAACGAGCUCCUGCUGGAAAACUUCGAUACUGAGAAGGGCGGAUAUAAUGAAGAUCCAUGCCUCAAACAUAAAUGCGGCCCGGGCAAACAAUGCGAAAUCGAUGACAAUGGAAAAGCUCAGUGUGUUUGUGUACCAAAAUGUGCCGAAGAAGACGAUUCAAGGAGAAAGGUGUGCAGCAACCACAACGAGACCUGGUCCAGCGAUUGCGAGUUGUACCGCAUGAGAUGUCUCUGCACGGAGGGGGCCGACGAAUGCAGGCAGCAUAAGUACAAGCACGUACACAUCGACUAUUAUGGCCCUUGCAAAGACAUAGGUGAGUGUACUGCUGAUGAAUUGGAGGACUUUCCUCGACGCAUGCGUGAUUGGCUGUUCAACGUGAUGCAAGAAAUGGCCCGAAGAGACGCUCUACACGGAACAGCCCUUAAACUGGAGAAGGAGGCAGAGAAAAGUCAAGACAGAAGAUGGGUCAACGCGGUCAUCUGGAAGUUCUGCGAUUUGGACGUGCAUCCCCACGACAGACAUGUUUCGAGACACGAACUCUUUCCGAUCCGCGCUCCCCUCAUGGCGAUGGAACACUGCGUUGCGCCCUUCUUGGACAGCUGCGAUGUCAAUGAUGAUCACAAGAUCACCCUUUUGGAGUGGGGCAACUGCCUGGGUCUCAAGGAAGAUGAGAUUCAAGAUAAGUGUGAGCUCAUGCAUAGAGGAUAAAAUGUUUGAAUGAUGAAUGAAAGAAGCAUUCAAAUGAGAGCUUAUUUGCUGACAUUGACAUCCAAUUCAAAUAGUAGAAAUACUCAUAAUUGCAGUUUUUAACGCUUAUAUGGUACGAAUUUAUCAAAAUGCUUACAGGGAGAAAAAAAAAUAUAUUGAAACUUUCCUCGAUUUACUCAAGAUUUUUAAUACAAUUCUUAGUGUUUGAUCAAAUUUCUGUCACUGCCAUGUAUUUUGACAAUCUGUAUGUAAUUUUUAUAAAAACCAAUAAAAGUUAUUACUUUUUUCAUAGA